CAUGUCCUUUCUCUUGGUUAUAAUUUAGCUUAAGAGAGCGCUGUGACGCAAAGAAUUAUGGAAAUAUUGAUUGAACCUGCAUGGUGCAUGCAUCUUUUUUACAUGAUAUGUACAUUUUCAUUCGCAUUUGCUUUUGCCUUUUGUUAUCAGGUUUAUUAUGGGGAAUAUUGAUGCCGGCUUGCGCAGAAUUUGUGGAGUACGAUCGUUCCGCUCAGCGUAGUAAGUUAGGCUCAGAUGCAAAAGUUUUCUGGUGCGCCUCGUCCCUGGCCGAACUCAAAAAGUGUGCAGACCUACUCAAAGCCAUUGAUACCUCGGUUUUAAAGGAAUUAGAACCGUUGAAAUACAAAUUCGUCUGCAUUCUAAGAACAGGAAAACCAGAAUGCGCUUCUGCUAUUGAAAAUGGUGAGGCAGACAUCACGACAAUGGAAGCCGGUGAACUAUUCUUUGCCGGGAAUCUCCAAGGGAUUAUUCCCAUCGCUAUUGAAGAAUCCGGUGGCAGAAGCAGCAAAGAUGCUGUGGUGCUAAUUCGGCGGAAUACUGUUUCAUCCAUCGGUGAACUGCGAAACAGAUCUCUGUGCAGUCCGAGUGCGACAUCUCUAGCCGGCUUCACAAUUCCGGUUACCCGUCUAGUGCAGAUGAUCACAUCGGACGAAUCCAUCUUGGACGUCGUAAUGAAAGACUGCAAUAGUUUGGUAAAAACGGCAGCGGAUUUUUUCGGCCCGAGUUGUGUACCGGACGCUUUAUCGCGCUGGAUAAAUCCCAGAGCUGACAACCCUGUUUCACUGUGUCAACGCUGUUCGGCCGAUAAUCAGUGCAUUAGCGAUUUCAGUGGCGGCAAUGACGGAGCUCUCAACUGCCUGGUUCACGGUACCGGCGACGUAGCUUUCUUGAGUGCGGAUAUAGCCCUGAAACUGCCACCACUGACAGCAUCCGAAUUUGGGUUCCUUUGCGUAAACGGCCGGACUGCGCCCUUGACCACGGCAUCAGUGUGUUCUUGGGGCAGUUUUCCUGGAAAUGCUUUUGUUACCAGCUCGUCAAAAUCUGCGGCCGAGCGAACUUUUCUCCAACAGUUUAUUUUCAAUCUAACAAAACUUUCGCCGCAAAUACAUAGUGAUAGGCAUCCACAGAGCGGCGAGCGGAAGUACAAUGGUACGGAUCUGAUGUGGUCGGAUGCCCUGUCCAGUGUACGCAUCUUUUCGCCGGCUGAACAAAAUGUGAAGCAGUUUUUAGGGCCGGACCUUUUUGAACUGGCUGCAGGCGCGAAGUUGUGUCCGUUUCAGAGAAUGCGAUUUUGUGUAACCGGCCCGGAAGAAUUAGAAAAAUGUCAGACGCUGCAAACCGCGCUGAGCACUAUAAAUAUCAAACCAGAUCUCAUCUGCAUUUUGGCGCGUAAUCACUGGGACUGCAUGCAGCGAAUAUCCAGCGGAUACGCGGAUGUAAUGGCAGCCGAUGCCGCCGAUACGCAUUUGGCUGGGAGGAUGUACGGAUUAAUACCGUUUAUGCACGAAAUUCACGAUGACCCCGAACCAUUUUUUUACGCGGUGGCUGUGGUGAAACGAACCGAUUUGACCACUAGUUUGUUAGAUCUGCGGGGACGGCGAACUUGCCAUGGCCAGGUGUAUGGUGCGGUCGGUUGGGCGUACCCUAUUAAUUUCUUGAUUACGCAACAUCGCGUCCGACUGGCAUACGACUGUCAGGACCUCGCUUACCAGAUAUCGCAAAUUUUCGAAAAGGCCUGCGCACCGGGAGCAUUGAAUACCGCCCACUACCGGAGUGUAAUGCAUUUAGAGAAUUUGUGUGACCUUUGUAUGGGGGACGGGGAAAAUUAUUGUGCCAGGAAUCCAAGCGAACCCUAUUUUGGUUCGAAUGGAGCAUUUAAAUGUUUAGCAGAGGGAGGCGGACACGUGGCGUUUGUGCCUCACGGGAUCCCAAGAGCUAACACGGAUGGGAGAAAUAUGCGGACUUGGUCACGGGCGUUAGUGUCACAGGAUUAUCAGCUCUUGUGCACUGAUGGCACGCGCGGUAGCAUUUCUGAUUUCAAAAAGUGCAAUAUUGGUCGCGUACCAACAAAUGCUUUGUUGACGGCACGAUCGCGUGGUCAAAAGGAAGUGGAAUCGUAUAUCCUGCUUCUGGAUUACGCUCAAAAAUAUUUCGGCUCAACGAUGCGCGGUGAUGACUUUAGUCUGUUCCAGAGCUAUGGUUCACUGAAUCAGGAUUUAAUUUUUUCGGAUGCCACAACAAGGCUUUUGCCUAUUCCAUUGGAAAACAGGAGUGCUGAGAGUUACCUGGGAGAGGAUUUUAUACGAUUACUAAAACGAGCUCAGUGUGCUGGAGCUGCACGGCUUGGCAGCAAUUUCUUACUGUGCGAAAUCUGGGUGGUUGUUGCGUGUAUGUUCCAUUUUAUGUUUAACAUGCAACUUUAUUAUACGAAUGAUAGUUUAUUGUUUAACCUUUGAAUACUUAUUAUACCGGUUGUAUUUGCUGGACUCUCUGAUUACAUACACUUCGAUCGGCGUUUGUUGCUGGAGGAAAUUUUUUCUGUUGUUCGAUUGUUCGACUGCCUAAAUUUGCAGAUGUUGUGUUACUCCAUUAACGUGUACUUUAUGGGUGCGCAGCCAUCACAGAGACCGGUGAUUGGGAACUGCUAAAGAUUUCAAAGUCCGAUCUGAUAGAAUGAAAGAAAUACGUUUUAAUCUUUCAUCCUUUGGGAAGUGGACUGCC